UUUAACAUAUUAUUUUCUGUAGUCACAUGAUAACAAAAUGGCAGCGCCCACAAAAAUCUGUAGUGUUUUCAGAAAUGGUUUAUUUAAUGGGAAAGUGGCUAUUGUUACUGGUGGGGGGACGGGUAUCGGAAAAGCAAUCACACAAGAAUUGUUGUACUUGGGAUGUAAUGUAAUGGUAGCUUCAAGGAAUGAAGAAAGACUGAGAAAGGCAACAGAUGAGAUGAAAAAGAAUAUCACUUCUCCUGCAGAACUAGAUCACAUGCAGUGUAAUAUCAGGAAAGAAGAACAAGUACAAAAUCUGAUAUCAACAACAUUAAAACGGUUUGGCAAAGUAGAUUUCUUAAUCAACAAUGGUGGAGGCCAGUUUCCUGCCCGUGCUGAGUCAUUUUCAUUGAAAGGAUGGAAUGCUGUUAUAGAAACCAAUCUUACUGGAACAUUUCUAUGCUGUAGAGAAGCCUACAAUCAAUGGAUGAAUGAUAAUGGAGGAGUUAUUGUAAACAUUAUUGCUGACAUGUGGAAAGGAAUUCCUAUGAUGAGCCACACAGGAGCAGCUCGGGCAGCUGUGGACAAUCUGACGAAAUCUUUAGCAUUAGAAUGGGCAGAAAGUGGAGUGAGAAUUAAUUCUGUGGCUCCUGGAAGUUCUAUAUACUCUGAAACAGCAGCAGCAAAUUAUGGUGACCCAAAAAUAUUUGCAUAUAAUAUACCAAAAAUUCCACUCAAAAGACUGGGUACUGUAGAAGAGAUUUCCACUUCUGUAUGUUUUCUGCUGUCCCCUGCAUCAGCCUAUAUAACUGGUGAAACGAUCAAAGUAGAUGGAGGAGGCAGUCUGUAUUCAACUAUGAUUUUUGAAGUACCAGAUCACAAGAAGUCCAAGGCAUAUACCUGGAAAGAUGACGAGGAAACCAAAUCUAAAUUAUGAUAUAUACAAACUACUGUUUACAAACACUAUUCAAAUUUACAAAUACUUUAAUAUAUAUAGGAAUUCAGAAAAAUUUGAAUUUAGGUUGCAUUUGUUAGUUUUGCCGAUUUACAUUUUUGUCAUUACAGAGUAACAGAACUUGGUAGAGUGGGGCGCCCAUUUUCACCGGUGACACAAUUUUGCCGUUUAUGAUUUUGAGGUGUAAAAACUUUAAAAGGAUGGUUAAAAUGUCAGAAAUAUGCCGCUUAAUUCAAUUUUUAUAACAAAUAUGAUUAUUUUUAAAAAUUAGACAAAAUUUCGGCAAUAACAGCAUAGGACCAUUUGAAAUGUCUGCUUUUCAUCUACAAUGAAAUUUAUUUGAUAAAUAUUGUUUAAAGCUGCAGUUAUUUGGUUUUAAAUAGAUGUGUAAAAACGGCUAAUCUGUGUCCCCCUUUGCUGAAACAUCAGGAAAUUUCAAACACUCUUUAAUCUAACUUUUCAGAUGAUUUUUUUUCAAAGAAACACCUUUCAAGCUAACAAUAUUUUGCUUUUGAUGUUAUGUUCAUAUAGAAAUAUUAGUAUACUUCACAAACAUAAAGACCUGAACAUAAACUGUAGAAAACUUAUGGCAAAAAUGAGCACCCCACUUAUCAUGAUUUGUUCAUUACAUUUUAUUUUAUACUGUAGAUUUAUUAUUAUUUGUUGGAUACUAAUUUACAUUGAUUUCUUUUUAAAAUAUAUUUUAAAAAAAAUAUUUUAGAUUCAACCUUCUUUAAUUUAUCUAUAUCAAUGCAUGUAUUUACGGUAGUAAAGAGAUUUCAAGUCUA